AUGGAUGAAGGCCAAGCUACAAACAAAGCUCCAGGGUUCAGUGGUGUGAACUAUGAUUCAUGGAAAAUCAGAAUGGAAGCAUUCUUAAUGUCUCACUCUUAUGAUGUCUGGCAUGCUGCUGUGAAUGGAAUUGUGGUUCCUAGUCCUGAAAAUCCCUCUGAAGCUGAUAAAAUUGCUAUAGCUAAUGAUGGUAAAGCCAAACAUGUCCUUUACUAUGCUUUAAAGCAACAAGAAUUCACUAGACUCAAGAAUUGCAAGUCAGCUAAAGAAAUGUGGGACUCUCUUCAGGCUGCCCAUGAAGGAAGUACUGUCAUUAAAGAAAACAAGAUUCAGCUCUACAAAGUUCAAUAUGAAGCUUGUAAGAUGGAGGAAAGGGAAACUGUAGCUGAGUAUUUGUUUAGGAUCAAUGAUAUUGUCAACAAUAUGAAAUCCCUUGGUGAAGACAUUAAAGACUCAGAUGUUUGCAAGAAAAUUCUCAGGUCUCUUACACCUAGAUUCAAUGCAAAGGUUACAAUUCUUGAGGAUAAAGAAUUAUCUCAAAUGAAGAUUGAUGAUCUACAAGCUUCUUUUACAGCCUAA